AUGUCACCGCUCGCACAUUCUAAAAGAACUUCGUUUUUACACCGACGCGAACCGUCGGUUCCACAUGAGGUCAAAGAGACAUUAGAUGCAGUUGUAACUGAAACUCAAGAUGGAGAACGUUGUUUAAACAACUACGUUUUGAAAGACGUAAUCGGACAGGGAGCUUAUGGUACAGUGAUUUUAGCCUAUGACAAAGAAACCAAAAUGAAAUAUGCUGUCAAAGAAUUCAGCAAAUCACGACUUCGCAAAAAAGAUAAGGCAAACUUCUUUCGUCGUCCACGCGGCAGAGGGAUUCGAGGUCGAGGAGGCGCACCCGUAAGCGAUAAAACGAAUACAUCAGAUCCCCUAUAUUUGAUUCGUAGUGAAGUUGCUGUAUUCAAGAAGUUGAAUCAUGUUAAUGUGGUAAAAUUAUACGAAGUAUUGGAUGAUCCAAGUAAUGAUUCUCUUUAUAUGG